AUGUCGCAAUAUCAUAACAUGCCUCCCCUAGGAGUGUACAUCCCUCCGAACCAAAGCCAGAGUACCCCACCGCAAGGCUAUACUGCACACCAUCAGCAGCAGGGUUACCAGCAAUCACAAGCUUCCACAACAUACACAUCGUCAGGUUCAGGUCAUGGACAGCCUGGCCAGUCACACAAAGCUGGCGGGGGAACGUUUGGCCAGAUGAUGAACCAAGCAGUCACAACCGGCAAGCCGAUGCUGAACAAAUUAAGCAAGACCAUCAGCUCAAAGCUAGGGAGCAAGCAAUCUACACCUGCGACUCCGCAACACCUCCAAAGUUACCAAAACUACCAACAGCAGUACGCUCAACAAGCUCAGACUUACGGCCAGCAGCAGAGCCACGUUCUGAACCCCCAGAUUCAGCAUGCCCAGCAACAACCGCAAGCACCGAGCGCUUAUCCUACCCAACAGCCCCCUUACCAGCAGCCGAACCACGACUCGGGAAACAGCGAUUACCUUACCCAUCAAGCGUCGUCAACAACGCAUGCGCCGUACAAUCAAGCUGCUUUACCAUCACAGCAGUCUUCGCAUGUAGGCUACAACGGCAGUCCAAUUGGGCAAGGAGGAAACGGAAUCGCAGUAGGAGAGCAACAUGUGCAGGUACAACAAGAUCAAUACCACCAAGGGCAAACGAGCCAGACCCUGGCUCAAGGACAACACCAACAGCAGCCUUUGCAGGCUCAAUACACUGGCCAGCAGACGGGUGUCGUUGGAGGCUCUUUGCUUCAUGGGUCGACUCCGCAAUCACCAGAGCCUCCACACGCAUCGCCACAGUCACCAGCGCCGCAGCAAUCCCAGUGGCACAACCCUCACACGAGCUCGGGGCAAUCUUUCUCUUCCACAUAUCAGCAGCCUCUAGUUUCCAACACUCACUCACAGUCGUACUUUUCAACUGCAAAUGCGCAGGGCCAGGCCAACAGUCAACAGUGGACUCCACUGUCUCCGACAGGCUCUGAAGGUCAAUACCAAGGCUGCUCACCAUCUGCUUCAAUCAACCCCGCGCCUCCACUACCGGUUCAAAGUAAACCGCCAGGGGUAUCGAACGUCUCGCCGCAACAGUCUCAAAGCUCUACUCCUGCCCCACAAUCAACUGCUGCAUACUCACGACCGCCAACAGAGUUCAUCGCAGAGUUACCGGCUGAUAUGGGCAGCUUGAGCAUUGAAGAGGCAAAGCCUUUUAAACACGCUCCAUCACCGUCUUCCGAACAGGCGUCGCCGUACCAAGCUUAUCAGACAUCGUCUGCACAGACUGGACCGUCUUCUCCUAGUUUCACUAUCGCCCGCCGAGCUGUUUCCGUGAGCCACGUGCCGUAUGCCGACCCAUGGCGAUUUGCCGAUCCUCUCACUGAAAUUCCCACGCGUGAGUUCUACGUUCUCGCAGACUUGCUGUUCGAUGCACUAGACAGGAAGUUCGAGCCACAAAACACCGGACUGCUGGAAGCAAGCAAGAUACUGAAAAGCUGGAUUGAUUUGACUGAAGACGCAAUCCAACUCUUUUCGUAUAAGUCUUACAGUGCGUUUGGUAAGAUGUGGAGUCUGCAAGGCAUACCACAUCUCAUGGUACCUUGUCAACCAUCGUUGUCGCCAAUUUGGAACUUCAGCCAGCACCCACAUGCUCAAGAGCUCAAGCUCUCUUCGGAGUACACAAGGGUAGCGUUUUACGCAACAUAUAUGCCCGCGCUCAACCGCGCUGGAUGGUACAAGUUUUUCUUCCUCGAGAUGAUGCACGGUCCCGACAACAUCAACAAGCUGAUGCCUGCGCUCUGUCUUGAGACUUAUAAGCCCGGAGUCUUGCACCAUCCAGAUCUGACUAAACGUGAUAAAGCAGAGGCGCCUGCGCUUCAGGCAAGAGCUGCCGAGAUACAGUCUGCUGCCAUCAAUCAGGUAUGCAAUGAGAUCAAGGCGGCAAUGCUCGUUGAACCAGAUGUUUGA